AUGGAGGUGUUUGAGAAGAGCUCGACGGUCGACCCGGAAGUGCGAGCGUACAUCUCAUCGUUGGUGAAUGCGGUGGGAGGAAGCUCGACGGAUGACAGUUCCUACCAAAUCGGAGACGAUGCGGUGGCCGUGUUGAAGGAUCUCCAGCGUUGGCUGCGAUUGUACGAUGAAAAGACCAAUCGACUGGAUGUGAAGCGGUGUUUGGCCGAGGCGAAUCUGGUGCGAGGGGAUUUGUUGGAGAUAUUGGCGACAUGGCGCGAGGAAGAGCAGGAUGGGAACAAAUUGAAGGCGAAGUUGGCGUUGGCAUGUCUGGAACUUCUGGUGCCCUUGACGUGGCCGUUGGUGUUGGAGGAUGAGACGGCGACGGUCAAUCAUCACCGACAUGUCCCCUACCUCCAACUGGCGCAGGUGGGAUACAAGAGGGCCGUCUUGCAAUUCGAGGAUGCCCCCAUCCUCCGAACGGCGGUGCGAGUCGCCAUUCCCGCCAUGGCCACUCCGCGAAGGGAGAGAUCGAAGCGGGAUGAGGGAAUCAUCAAGUUGAUGCUCUACUUCUUCCGCAACCUGGCCAUGAUCACCCAACCCCAACAUCUUCCCUCUCAGGGCGAUGAGAAUGAAGUCAGCCGAUCCACCACCAUCGACACCUUCCAUCAGCAAGACAUUUUCAGCGUCUUGUUGACCGUGGGAUCCAGCAUGGGAGAGGAAUUUCAAGAACAGGACGUCAUCCUGUUGGAGAUUCUCUUCCACCUCCUCAAAGGCGUCGAUGCGAGGAAGCUGUUCAUGAAGAAGGAGCAGGUUAACAGCGAGGAGACGACGGAGCUGCAAAUGUUGAUGCAAAAGGAAAAGGCCAUGCUGAACAGCUACAAGAAACACGCUCCCACCCGACACAACCGCUUCGGCACCAUGAUCUGGCUGAGGCGGGAUGACAUGAAGAAUUCCACCGUCUCCGGCCAGGCCAGCAUCACCAAUGAAGCCACCACCCUCCACCAGAUGGAUGCCAGUAAGAAGUGGAACAAGCCGCAGUAUCGGGGGAAGCUUGCCCAAGAAUUCGACGAAAACUCCGAAUUUGGCAUGCGUACUGAAUUGACCGACACCGCAAGAAAUCAUUUGCGACAUUUUGUGGAAGAUUUCUUGGAUUCCUCCUUCAAUCCCCUCUUCGUCUCUCUCCGAAAGGCGAUGGAGAGAGAGGCCGAUCGGGUGCAAGACAUGCAUCGGAAGCAGUAUUUUUACCUCAUCUCCUGGUUCCUCGCCGCAGAGGCCGCACGACGAGAUCAAUCAACAAGGGACAGUACGUGGAACGCGGACCGUCCGACACAGACCAACCCAGAAGACAACACAUUUGCAUACAUCGCUGCCGUCCUCGAUCAAGAAACUUUUGUCCUCUUGAACAGACAGAUGCAGGCUGCGCUUGACAACAAGAGUUGGCAGGAUCUUCAAGCCACUCUCCUCGCAUUCACUCGCAUCCUCUUGACCGUCCAGAGCAUGGCGGAAAGUAAAGAUGAGGAAGAUCAGGAAAUCGCAGAAAACAUCCAAAACCGCAUCUUCUACGAAGAAGCCACCCACGAUCGCAUCGUCCAGAUCCUUCGAGGCUACACUCAUCAGGGUUUCGCCUAUCUGGAUGCCAUCACAGAAUGUGUACACGUCUUCGUCCGCAUGCUGGAACGCUACAGCAAGCAAAAUGCAGACCUGCAAAUCCGAUCCAAACGUCGUGCUCGCAAAAAGACGGCAAAGUCGGCAAAGACGACGGUUGGAGAUGAUGCAGAAGACGCCGCCGACCAAGCCGCCGAAGAUGAAAGAGAUGCCCACCGUGCCGUCUCCGAGCGAAAGUUCGAUUUCGCUCGCUUCUCUGCAAAGUUCCUUUCCCAGCAAUGCGUCAACGCCUUUAUCGCUUUGACCCACUACCACCGAGACCUCACCCCCGUACAGAUGAAACGCGCACAUCGAUUCUUCUACCGCUUGGCCUUUAAACAUGAACUGACGGUUCUCCUAUUUCGAGUGGAUAUCCUACAACUCUUCCACAAAAUGAUCAAAGGCCCGGAAGGAUUGGAUCCCCACAUGGAAGGCUUCAAAGAAUGGGAACAGCUCGUUCAACAAGUCUUUCGAAGAUGUAUCAAGUGGAUCGAACGGCCCAGCGACGGUCAAGGAUGGAGAGAAGCGGCUGUUGUGGAGAUGCUGUUCAGUAAGAUUCCCGCGACCAUGUUCUAUCUUCAGAAUGGGUAUGAACGAGUGGUGGAGAAGAGAGCACCGCGCCCACCUGCCGAACUCGAAAUCAAGGCCAGUGUUCCCGAGCAGCAGAGAUUGGCUGUCGCGGUCUCCAUGCUCAUCGAACAGGCCAAAGUGGGGGAAGUCAGCUGGGUGAAGGACCAACUCAAGAAUGCGCUACAGGAACGAAGAGCCUGGCAGGAUGAGCAGAAUGCGAGAGAUAUGGGUGUGGAUGAGACUGCGAAUCUUCCGGAAUCUCUUCCCGCACCUUCAAUCUUCAUCAACCCUGAUAAUGAAGAGCGGAAGUUGGCAUUGUUCAAGGAUAAACAUCUCCGUUUACUGCUCACUACAUUGGGAUUCCAACGUUUGGGAUUAGCGGAGGAUUCGGACGCUCAAUGGAUCAUCCCAUCCGACCUCUCGGCGGAGAAGAUUGAGGAGGCAUUGGGAAGAAUCCAAGCCGCGGAAUUCCAUCCUCCAACAUUUGACGACGACAAGACUGCUGCUGAUCUCAUCAAAAAUAAGUCCUCGACGCGCCCCGCAUUUCUCGAUGAUGAUGACGAGUCGGAGGGAAGUGGAGGAGUGGAUGAUGCCAUGUUCCCUCCCAAUCUCAAGGAAAAACGCAAAGCUCCGGCUGAUGAUGGGAGUGAGUUUCCGCAGAAGAAGAGGAGGAGGAGGAGAAGGAAGAACUCGGAUGCUGGGGAGCAGCUCACGGAAGCGGAGGUGGAAGCGAGGAGACGCGCGCGGGAGAAGAAGGAGCGGGAGAAGAAUUCGCGGAUCAAAAGUCGAUUAUAUGUCACGCGUAGUGAUGAUGAGAGUGAUGCGGAAGGUGAUGCGGAGUUUUUCCGCUUGGAGGCUGAGAGGGGGAAGAGGACUGCCGGGGAGAUUCGGAGGGCUGUGGCGGGGCUUGUUGCUGGAGAUGGGGGAAAGAAGAAGAAGAAGACGAAGAAGUGGUGA